AUCAACAAAAAAUUUUCAGUAAUUUACCGAAAAAAAAAAUAAUUUGACCUAGCACGCCGAAAAAAGAAGUUUUCUGCACUUACAGCACGCCUUGAACAAAUUGCAACCUCAGCAAAAAUUGCAAACAAGAAAAAAAAUUUAAAAGGAACACGUACCCUAAACAGCUUGUUAUAAAAAUAGCAUUGACAAAAGCCACGAAGGCAGCUAGAAAAAUUUAAAAAUCAAAUAAAUCUAUAGCUAAUUGUUUAUAUACACCGUGAGUUCUAGACCAUGAAGACACGUUUAAGCGAAAGGUUAAAAAUAGUGACAUUUUCAUGGUCAUCGUUGCUAUUAUUGAUAAGCAGCAGCAUUUGCAUUGCCUCUACUAAUGCUGCCGAUAAUAAAGACAAUAGUCUACAGGUAAUCUAUGCUGUUAAUGCCGGUGGCUAUGAUCAUAUUGAUAAACAUAGUAUACACUAUGAAUCAGAUCCCUUAAAUGUGGGCACUGCCUCGGAUUAUGGUAAUCAUUUGUUGAUUAUUGGCAGAGUACCGGAACAGGAUGAGGUUUUGUAUCGUACGGAACGUUAUCACACUGCCACUUUUGGCUAUGAUUUACCCUUGGAGGGGGAUGGUGAAUAUGCAUUAGUGCUGAAAUUCUGUGAAGUGUAUUUUAAUGAACCAAAUAUGAAGAUUUUUGAUGUUGUGCUAAAUCGUAAACACGAAGUAGUCUCUAAUCUGGAUAUAUUUGCUCAAGUAGGACGUGGUACUGCACAUGAUGAAUAUGUCUAUUUUACCGUAACACGAGGCAAAUUACACUUCAAAGAUGAAAUUUCCGAUAUACGCAAUAAUUUGGUGCGUUUGGAAUUCAUAAAGGGUUCCUAUGAUAAUCCCAAAAUCAAUGCCUUUGUUCUCUUCAAAGGCGAUGUCAGUAGAAUACCCAAAUUGAAACCGCUACACAAUGAGGCCAUCAUACAAGAUGUUGAUUAUAAAGAAAUGACGGAACAGCCUAUAACAACUACAGCCAGUAGCAUUAAGAAAUCGGCCAAUAUUAAAAGAUCUUUAGCCGAGGAAAACAAGAUACCAACGCCACCCUUAGAGGAGGAUAAUACUUUGGCUAUGGAUGAUGAUGAAGAAGAUUUCGAUUUGUCCUUUACGGAUAAUCGUAAAAAUAGUAAAACAAGUGGUCCUCGUCAACCGAAUCCCUAUACUAUGGAUGACUCGAUGGUUUUAAUGCCAGUUUUUAUAGCAAUUGGUUGUUUUAUACCUUUAUUGUUCUGUCUGUGUAAAUUAUGAGUUGAUUGAGGUUCCAACGAGAAUGACUUUUCUGUCUUAGCUUUAUUUAAACAUCGAUUUAUUUUAUUUUCAAACUGUAGUGGUAUGGAAAUGCAAACCAAGCGGUCCUGCAAGUUUAAUGUUCUUUUUGCUUAUUUUUUUCUUAUU